AUGGCUGAAUCACACAAAAAACGCCGGGUCUCGGAUGCCGAGAGCCCUGAGAUCAAAGUCGAAGCCACCACACCCGCCGCCGAGGCUGCGACAACACCCCAGAACAACAGAACCCUUUUCGUCCGCUCACUACCACUUACGGCCACUUCAGAGAGUCUUGCAGAGUACUUCUCGCAGUCCUACAUUAUCAAGCAUGCCGUUGUUGUGUCCGAUAAAGCGACAAAACAGUCUAAGGGCUUCGGUUUCGUUACAUUCGCCGAUGUCGAGGAUGCGCAGAGCGCUCUGAAGGAACUCAAUGGGUCCAAAUUUGACGGCAAAAUCAUUCGUGUCGACUAUGCUGAGUCCCGUAAACGUGAGAUCGAUGAGAAGAUUGGACGCAGUGUCCCCACUGCUGCGGCCCUGGAGUCAAAGAAACGGAAGGAAGAGGAGAGAGGGCAAGGUCUGCCUCCCAAGCUGAUUGUUCGCAAUCUGCCAUGGAGUAUCAAGGAGCCCGAAGAUUUGUCUGUUUUGUUCCGCAGCUUUGGAAAGGUCAAAUUUGUUACCCUUCCCAAGAAGAACGGCAAGCUUGCCGGUUUCGGUUUCGUUACUCUACGAGGCAGAAAGAACGCCGAGAAGGCUCUCCAGUCGGUCAACGGAAAAGAGAUUGAUGGUCGCCAAUUGGCUGUCGAUUGGGCUGUUGAGAAGGAAGUCUGGGAGACUACCAAAAAGGAAGAUGAGGAUGACGAGGAGGAACAAAAAGAGGAAGAGAAGGAGUCUGCUGAUGUUGAGAUGGAGGAUGCCGAAGGUCUUCUCGAAGAGCCCUCGGAAGAUGAAACGUCUUCCGACGAAGAUGAUGACGAAGACCAGGACCUGGAUGAUUUGGAUGAGUUGGACGACGAAGACGAAGAUAAGGAGGAUGACCGAAACGCCACUACAUGUUUCCUUCGCAACCUCCCCUUCACCGCCACAGACGAGACCCUCUACGACCAUUUCAGAACUCACUUCGGCCCCUUACGCUACGCACGUGUUGUUCUGGACCACGAGACCGAGCGCCCCCGAGGCACUGGAUUCGUAUGCUUCUGGAAGCCCGAGGAUGCCAACACAUGCAUUCGCGAAGCCCCCAGGGGAGGUGAUGCUAUGGCCCCGAACAAGGACAAGCCUAAGUCUAGCACCGCCAUAAAGCAGUCCAUCCUUCAAGAUGAAAAUUCCGACCCUAGUGGCCGCUACACUAUGGAUGGUCGAGUUCUCCAAGUUGCCCGUGCCGUGAGCAAGGGCCAAGCCGCGAAGCUGGAGGAGGAAGGUGUAUCACGCCGCAUGGUCCGCGACACAGACAAGCGCCGCCUCUACCUCCUUAACGAGGGUACCAUCCCCUCCAACUCGCCGCUGUACAAGAAGCUCUCCCCGUCGGAGAUCAAGAUGCGCGAGGACAGCUACAAGCAGCGAGAGGUCUUCAUCAAGAAGAACCCCGCUCUCCACCUCAGUCUCACCCGUCUCGCCAUUCGCAACCUCCCCCGCAACAUCAGCUCCAAGGACUUGAAGCAGCUUGCCCGUGAGUCCGUGGUCAACUUCGCCAAGGAUGUCAAAGCAGGCGUUCGCCAGCCCCUGUCAAGAGAGGAGCAGCAGCGGUCCCGUGAUACGAUGAAGGAGCUUGAGCAGCUGCGCAAGCAGAAGAAGAUGGGUAUUGUGCGCCAGGCCAAGGUCGUCUUCGAGACUCGCGAGGGUACCAAGGUCUCCGAGAAGACUGGCGGUGGCCGCAGUCGUGGUUACGGAUUCAUCGAGUUCUUCACUCACCGUCACGCGCUUAUGAGUUUGCGCUGGCUGAACUGCCACUCCAUGCCGGUUCCUCCUUCUGCCCAGGAUGCAGAGGAUAAGGACAAGAAGAAGAGCCUUGUUGUUGAGUUUGCCAUUGAGAACGCCCAGGUCGUCAAGCGCCGCAAUGAGCUGCAGGCCAAGUCCCGUGAGCCUAGGCCGAAGCGCUCGGACGAUGACGAUGGUGACAGGAAGGACCGAAAGAGGAAGCGCUCCGAUGGCCGUGAUGGAAAAGGAAGGGACGACAGAAAGGGUAGAGAUGAUAGGGAUGGAAGGAGCGUGAAGCGUGGAAAGACCGAAAAAACUGCAGGUGGAAAGGACGGCAACGCUGGGAAGGAUGAAGACGCGGACAAGGCCGCAAAGCGCAACCGCAUCAUCGGGCAAAAGCGCAUGAAGCGGAAGGCCCGCAAGGGUUAA